AUGAGCAGCAGUGGCAGUGGCAGUGGCAGUGGCAGUGGCAAUAAGAAUGAUAAUGAUAAUAGUAAUGAUAAUAAUAUCAAUGCAGAAAGGGACGAUGGAGGAAUCCCCUCGUCCUUUUCCAAACCAGUCGUUCAAUACAUCUUCUGUCGACGUGACUUGUCCGACGAGGAAGGAAUUGCUUGGCCAACAGGAGCUGUGGCCGCCCAAGUUGCCCAUGCUUCUGUGGCUGCCAUGGCCGAAGGACUUGCCAAACAAGACGAGGCGACCAAAUACUACCUUUCACCCGAACAGUUGCCAAGCAUGACGAAAUAUGUGUACGGUGUGGAUUCGAUGGAGGAAUUGGAAAAGGUAAAACAAGGAUUUGAAGAAAAGUUUGGAAAUGAUUCCUAUCAUUGUUGGCUGGAGCAACCUGAAAACAUACCAACCGCUUUGGCAACCUUGCCAAUGGAGCGUACCAACAAGGUCAGCAAGUUUGUGCAAAAACUAAAGGUGUCCUACUUGUAG